CAGGUGCGCGGCAGCCCCGCCCCAGGCUCCGGGAGCCUGCGUUAAUAGCUGAGGGCCGGGGACCAAGCGGCGGCGGGGGCCCAGGCAGCGCUCUGAGGCCGGCCACGCCACCAGGUGUCCGGCUCCCCCAGGACGGUCUGUGGGGGCCUGGGGCGGGGCGGGCGGCAGGUGCAGACACCGGAGCCGCGGUAGGGGACGGGCCCUCCUGGGACAGUUUUCCCGGGCCGGCUCCUUCAUAAUCCCGCGCUGGGGCAGCCGACUCGCGCGGUGCCCUCCGGGACGCAGAGGGCGCUGUCAGCGCGCUGCGGAGAACUUCGCCACGACUCCGCUGACCUAGCGCCGGGUUCCCUGCACGCGGGUCCGCCAUGGUUGCCUCGUUCGCUCUUCGCGGCCUGUGCCGAGCUCGAGCCGCCUUGCGCUGUGACCUCGCAGAGCUGCUGUGGGUUCCAAGGCGAGGGCAUCGGCUCACGCCGGCGGACGAUGAGCUGUAUCAGCGGACGCGCAUCUCUCUGCUGCAACGCGAGUCCCCGCAAUCCAUGUAUAUCGACAGCUACAGCAGCCUCGGCUUCAUGGUCAACGGAAAUCGUGUGCUUGGGCCCUGCGCGUUGCUCCCGCACUCGGUCGUGCAGUGGAACGUGAGCAGUGAGGAAGUAGAGGUAGGAACUCACCAGGACAUCACUGAAGAAAGCUUCUCUCUCUUCUGGUUGCUGGAGCCGCGAAUAGAGAUCAUUGUGGUGGGCACCGGAGACCGGACUGAACGACUCCAGCCCGGGGUGCUGCAAGCCAUGAGGCAGCGGGGCAUCGCGGUGGAAGUGCAGGACACAGCUUUCUCUUUGCAGCCCAAUGCCUGUGCCACUUUCAACUUCCUGUGUCAUGAAGGCCGAGUGACAGGAGCUGCCCUUAUCCCUCCACCUGGAGGGACUGUGCUCACAACUUUGGCACAAGCUGCAGAAUGAACCACCAGGAACUGACCUAACCUGUCCAGGAGGGCCGUGGCACUUUUGCAGUGCACACGGGUUUCCAGCGCUUUCACUAGUCCCUCCCCUUUGGCACUGUAACACUUGUCUUUCUUGCCAGCAAGUUAAUAAUUUAAUCCACAUCUUC